AUGGCAGUACCUUCCGAAGAAGUCGCCGAGGUGUUCGCAACUCUUGGAGACUUGGAAAGAGAGUUCGCUGAAGUAGAGCUGGAUGCUUUACGCAGAAAAGAGUUCAACCUACGGCCUCUAUACAACAAGCGCAAGGAACUACUCGACAGAGUCCCGGACUUCUGGCCGACUGUUUUCGGUUCUGGACCAGAAGAGAUCCAGCAAUUCUUUACGCCUGACGACCUAGCCCUAGGCGCGAGCCUUCAAUCCUUCUCAGUCGAACGAUAUCAGAUCGAAUCCGCAGAAAAAGGAGAACCCAGGAGUCUGUGCUUCAGCUUCGAGUUUGCGCCCAACGACUUUAUCCAGGACACCAAGUUGGUCAAAGAAUUCGAAUAUCGGCCUCGGAAGGACGGACCUGGGAGUCUGAUCUCGAAACCCGUUCCUAUCAAGUGGAAGUCAAAGAAGAAGGAUUUGACACAUGGUAUCCUUGAUGCCGCUGUCGAGUUGCAUAACGCAGAAGAAGCGCUUCAGCUCCAGAAUGGAGACAAGGUUGUCGACAUCGUGGAUCGAGAAGCCUUAUGGCAGCAUGAGAAGCUGCGCGAGAAGUUGAGCAAACUUGACGAGGAGCAGGACUAUCAGCCAAGUUUCUUCAACUGGUUCGGCUUUCGUGGGACCGUCGAUGCCACUCCGGAGACAUCGACGAAAAAUGGCGUUGACAAUGCCGACGAAGAAGAGGAGGACGACGACGAGGACGACGACGAAAUGGAGGAGAUGCUUGAGGUCGAGAUCUUCCCUGCUGGUGAGGAAGUGGCCAUUGCCCUUGCCGAGGAACUGUGGACGAAUGCCAUGGAUUACUUCAUGUCCGCUCAAGACGGAGACGCCGAGGAAUUUGAGGGACUCGAUGCAGAGAGCGAUGACGAGGACGAGGACGCUCCAGAGCUGGUAAAUGCUAAGGAAGAGGAGAUCGCCCCUCCGCGAAAGAAGCAGCGUAAAGGUUGA